CCGCCAGGCAGACGGAGGCACCGGGAAAAGGGGAGAGAGUUCAUUGGAUCAAACAUGUCACAAGAGACGGACAAUAACAAGCGACUUGUGGCCUUAGUGCCAAAUGACACUUCAUUCAACACCAGACGAGCCUACACCAGUGAAGAUGAAGCCUGGAAGUCGUAUUUGGAGAAUCCCCUAACAGCAGCUACCAAGGCUAUGAUGAGCAUAAAUGGUGAUGAGGACAGUGCUGCUGCUCUUGGCCUGUUGUAUGACUAUUAUAAAGUUCCCAGAGAUAAAAGGCUGUUGUCUGUUAACAAAGUGAGUGAUAAUCAAGAAGACCAAGAUAAAAGAAAUUGUCUUAAUACCACGGAAGCUCAGAAUAACUUAAGUGGGGGAGAGAACCGUGUGCAAGUCCUGAAGACUGUGCCAGUUAACCUUUCUUUGAACCAAGAUCCUUUGGAGUCAUCCAAAAGGGAAUACAACACAAAUGUGUCUGGGAGCUCAACACCCAUCACAGGGUCUGCAGUGACUGUGGUUAAAGCAGAGGAAUUCACCCCUGUUUUUAUGACCCCACAAACACACUAUGCAAGAGGAGAAAAUGAGGAGCACCGAGGCGUUAUCUUUGAACCGUACGAAGUGUCUAGCAUUGCUCCCCACACAAAUUAUCUUAAAGAUGAUCAGCGCAGUACUCCUGACAGUACCUACAGUGACACCUUCAAGGAUGGAGGAACAGAAAAGUAUCGGAGUGUGUCAGUGGGGGCUGAAGAAUAUAUUUAUGAACAAACAAGCAGCACUUUUCAGUAUACGCUAGAAGCUACCAAGUCUCUGCGUCAAAAGCAAGGGGAAGGACCCAUGACCUACUUGAACAAAGGACAAUUCUACGCCAUCACCCUGAGUGAGACGGGUGACAACAAGUGCUUCCGGCAUCCCAUCAGCAAAGUCAGGAGUGUGGUCAUGGUUGUUUUCAGUGAGGAUAAAAACAGAGAUGAACAGCUGAAAUAUUGGAAGUACUGGCAUUCCCGGCAGCACACAGCUAAACAAAGAGUCCUUGACAUUGCUGAUUAUAAGGAAAGUUUUAAUACCAUUGGGAAUAUCGAAGAAAUUGCAUUCAAUGCUGUGUCCUUUACCUGGGAUGUCAAUGAGGAGGCAAAGAUUUUCAUCACAGUGAAUUGCUUGAGCACAGACUUCUCCUCACAAAAAGGAGUAAAAGGGCUUCCUUUGAUGAUUCAGAUCGAUACUUACAGCUACAACAACCGCAGCAAUAAACCUAUCCACCGAGCCUACUGCCAGAUCAAGGUUUUUUGUGACAAGGGAGCAGAAAGGAAAAUCAGAGAUGAAGAGAGAAAGCAGAACAGGAAGAAAGGCAAAGGCCAGGCAUCUCAAGCCUCAUGUAAUAAUGCAGCUGAAGGGAAGUUGAGUGCACUCCCUCUGCAGAAAAAGAGUGAUAUCACCUUCUUCAAAACAAUGGCUGACCUGGAUUCCCAGCCAGUUCUCUUCAUACCGGAUGUUCACUUUGGAAACCUACAAAGAACUGGACAGGUUUACUAUAAUACAGAUGACGAGAGAGAAGGUAGCAGUGUCCUGGUCAAAAGGAUGUUCCGGCCUGUGGAGGAAGAGUUUGGUCCCUCCCCUUUGAAACAAAUCAAAGAAGAAGGUCUGAAAAGAGUGCUUUUGUAUGUGAGGAAGGAGACAGAUGAGGUGUUUGAUGCUUUGAUGCUAAAAUCACCCACAGUAAAGGGGCUAAUGGAAGCUAUCUCUGAGAAAUAUGGGCUGCCAGUUGAAAAGAUUGCAAAACUUUAUAAGAAGAGCAAAAAGGGUAUCCUGGUAAACAUGGAUGACAACAUUAUUGAGCACUACUCCAAUGAGGACACAUUCAUCCUGAACAUGGAGAGCAUGGUUGAAGGCUUCAAGAUCACACUGACAGAGAUCUAGCCUCAGGCAGAGCCUUUUUGUAAGGAACCACAGCAUUUCAUCCUUCUUGGAAAGCAGAUUCCCCGUGAACUUGACCGACAUUGAUCAGAGAAACUGUUACAAGACUGCAUUGAAAGUACUGUCUAUUCUGCAUGUGUGCACCCACUGCAUAUAGACUUGGGUUUGUCAAGCACAAGGCCACUCAUGUUAACCUGGUCCCUUAUUUAUUGUUCCCCACUCUCUAGUGUACAAGCAGUUACCAGCCCCCAGAUUUGUAACCAGGUGACCCACUGCAAGUGUGAAAUGCAGCAUUUUAAUCCAUACUUUAGUGUGGAUAAGCUCAUUCUAAAACAUGUUCAGUAACUAUGCUGGUCUAAUUUCAGAAUCUGGUAUAAAUCACUUUACCAGUAGUUGUCUCUGUCAUUGCUAAAAAUCUGUUGCAGUGCUAAAGAUGGGCAAAGUAUCUGACAGUUCACUUGCUCAGACUGAUCCAUAUCUCUCUAUACUGUAUAGUCUUGCCAAAUACCUCUGGUAGUUCUCAGCAUGUAGCAAUGAGGACUUGUAAGUAAGGCAUUCAGCUACAAAUGUCACUUGUAAGUAAAUGGUAAAGAAACCAUUUUAAUCUUGUAUAUAAUGUUUAUAAUAUGCAAUAAUAUAUUUUAACUACUGUAUGUGGGCAUGUUUACUGCCACUAUGUUUUUGUAUGUGUUUGGUUUAGGGUUUAAUAGAAUCUGUCCUAGAGGAUUAAAUUGCUGCAAUCUGUUAAAGAGUGUGUACUGAGAAGCUGACACCUGAAUCUGUACUCAUAUGCUCCAUCCUUGCUCACACAGUUGUAUGUUGGAAUAUUAGAGCUGACUCUGCUACUGGGUCUUGGAUGCUCUGGCACAAUGGGGCCCAUCUUAGGUGCCCAAGUCCCGGCUAUAGAUACCUGAGUCUCCCAUCCAGCUGUAACAAAAUCCAAAAGACACAGUGUGUCUGCUGCCUGGUUUGCCUAGAAGUACAGAAGGUACUUCUUCCUGGUUGUCUUCCUUUGAUAAAGCAGAGGCUCCUAAAGUGGCCUUUUCUCAAACCUGUGGUGGGAAGGUUCUUUCUGCAGCAGCAUCAAAGCACUCCCCUAGACUGUAAGAAACAGGACUUCAGACUCUUCUGUUUAAGUGUAUUUGCUCUUGUAUUUCCAUUUAAUGACUCUGUUGUGAUUUCUAGGACACUUAGGUGAUGUAUAAGCCUGGGCUUAUUCAAAAGGGCUUGAUGCAAAUAUUUGAUCAAAACUGGAACAAUUUUUCCAGUGGAGAUUGAGUGUCCCACAACUGAGGUGUGGAGAUUGGUCUCUCUCUCAAGGGCUGCAUCUGAAUCCAAGUUGAACUACAUGGUUAUUCCAUCAAAUUCCACACCUAUCUUGU